CAGGCACUGCCGCGAGCGAACGGAUGAUUGUUCAAUUGGUUUGGUGCCAUUUUGCUUCGUUCUACUCUGUACUUACAACUUAACAUCUCCCUGUCUUCAUUCAUGUUCUUUUUUUAGCCUUGUCUUUGUGAACCAUGCCAGCUGAGGCAAACCACUAGCUAAACACCCAGCCCUCACAAACCUCACCCCGACCUAUUCCUAACCCCGAGCACACAAGCGGAGCCACUCCUCGACCGCUUUACUCCGUGCAUAACGCGCAUUUCGCUAUUUUAGAGCUAUUGGAACCAUUUGCCGACUCCUGCACACCUAUCUUCGCGCUAGUUCAAAUCCUUGCGAAGAAUCCCUUUACCAUGGCCACCACAUACAGCAAAAAGACAAACUCCGAUCUCAUCGAGAUGCUCAAGGCGCGAGGACUCCCUCACACCGGAAAGAAAGCUGACAUGGUCGCGCGACUCGUCGAAGCAGAUAAAGCUGAAGCAGAGAAGGCCAGUCUUGCCCCCGUCCCUGCUACAGCACCCGCGCCUGCACCACAGUCAGCCAAAGCCGAUGCCGCCGACGAUGUUAUCGAUUGGGAUGACGACACGACUCCGAUAGAGCCAGUGUCAGCGCAACCUACGACUUCAGCCGCGACCGCUGCCACGGCUGCUAAUGGGGACGACGCUGAGACAACUGCGGCAGGCGGAAAGGGUGCGGCUACGAGCGCGAUCGCAGUGCCGAAUCAGAAAGUUGAUAUUGAUCCGUCGACAACGCAUGACCUGACCGUCACGAAACCGGAGGAAAAGAAAGCUGAUCAGAAGGAAGUUGCUGCGGAAACCGAGACUGAUAAGGGAGGUGCCCAGGAAACAGCUGCGGGAGAACAGGACGAAGCUGAAAAGAAGGCCGCAGAGAAUUAUAGCAUGGGUCUUGCUACUACAAACCUCGAUGCAGAGCUUGAGAAGCGUAGAAAAAGAGCCGAGAAGUUUGGCAUUGCUGAUGACUCGAGCACCAAAGAGGCUCAGAAGGCCAUGGAGAGAGCGAAGAGGUUUGGGACCGCGAAUGAUGCAUCGUCGGGUGUUAAAGGACUGGAUGAAGCACUGCCAGAGCGCUCAAGAAAGAGAGGCCGUGGCGAUGAUGGCGAUGGCUAUCACCGCGGCGGAAAGCGCAGGAACUUUUCAGGACGCGGAAGAGGACGUGGUGGGUUCGAUGGUCGGCGCCGUCAGAAUGGUGGUUCGAACACUGGCAAAGCGAGUACUUUGAGCGAACAAGAUCGUGUUGCGAUGGAGAGGAGAAAGGCUCGUUUCGGAUAAAUCGGUUCCAUAUCUGUCUUACUACAUGUUUCAAUAUUUCCGGCCCAAACCUAUUUUCGUUCUCAACCUUUACUCCAACGUUUCAUGUUUUAUGCGCCGAUUUGUGCUUCUAUAUGCUAUGGUUUGCUGGCACUGGAGUUUAUUGGAAUUCAAUUUAUGUGGGGGAAAGGGUUGAUCAUCUA